UAAAAAGGUUGUUUGUUUAUAAUACAUGUCUAACGGGAUCAUAAGUGUUAGGAUGUUCGCAUUAAAAUUCCACCGUAGAGGACGAGCCAUAUUUGGAAAGCUCCCACGAGUAGAGCUGUUAAUUGAUCCAACAAGGAUAAUAUCCCUCAAAGCGAGUUAUUUCCCCUUUUAUAACGAAAAUAAUAAUAACACGGGAAAACACCCAAAGUAACAACGUGUUAACUGGUGGAGAAUCCGGGUAAUUCACCCGGGGCUGCUGCAUAAACUUUGUAGCAAUUAGAUUCCGUGUACCAACAACAAAGCGAGUUUCCCCGAGAUUGUUAUUCAACGUCUCAGAAAUGCAACCCAAGAGCAGAGGAUUUCCCCGCUCAUUUCGACCAUCAAACCAGCGUCGCUGCUUUUCGAGUUUCUGGACACCCCCAGGACUUGCACGACUACACUCCAGACCUGGAUCCUGUCCAGCAUGCUACAGGUGCGGGAAUACUUUUACCCGCGGACACCUGUACUCGUGUCCAGCUACACGUUCGGAGUGUUUCGUGUGUGGAUUACUUGGCCAUUAUGCUAAAAUGUGCUUCUACGCAACCAUUCCUUGCCAUUCUCAUCCGCGGAAAACUUACCCGGUGGCGACCAACGACAAACGUUCGUUCAAAAAUGGUUCGGCCAAGGAUGGAAGGACCUGCAAUCGGACAGUAUCGUCUGUAGGAUCGACUGAUACCCAAGCAGGAUCAAAACUCGACCCUACUGUAGGAAUUUCUGAGAAAAAGCCUCAAGAAGUUUGUGUUGCAAUUGCUGAUAUUUCGCAAUGUAGAAUGCACCUUGCACAAACCAAGACCUUAAGCAAACGACGCCGGGACGCAAAAAGAAUUAAAGAUUAUUACAACCGACUGGAACUUGUGAAACAGCUGCCGUUCCAGCACUUGAGUCCAGAAGACAUUCAAAAAUUAUUUAAGCCUGUUGUAAUUCAAGACCACAUGACAACGCUGAGAAAUCAAAAUAAAAUGCUAAAGAAUGUCGUUAGCAAUCUAAGCACCGACUGCUACGAUUUAGAACAGUGUCUUAAAGACCUAAAGCAAAGACAGACCAUCGCUAACCAGAAGAUAGCAGUCUUAAACGACAUCAUCACCUCUCAAGAAUGCGACAUUGCGGCCUUAAGGAAAAACUCAAGUUCAAGAAACCGAUUUCACAACACUCCCGCGCCCAGACCAAGGACCACGGAAAAUAAUCAACGACAAUUUUACCAGUCCGUCUACUUCGGUCAAAGGCCGCGUGCACCCAGCAAUCCUCAUUGGUGAGCUUUGAGACGAGGACGUCUCAUUUUCCGGAGCGAGAGGGAAUUAUCACGGAGUGAAAUUUCAAUGAACUAUAAUUCAAGACAUUUUGUAUAAAACUUCAAAUUCACAUUCCAUUAUUUGUUAUCAAAUUGCUAUAAUAUCUUUAUCACAUUUUGUCUUUCAAAACAUUAAUCCCAAAACAUAUGUUUACGUAAGGCGUAAUUGCUUAAUCGUUGUAAAUUAACUCUUAACUUUGUGGACUUGAUAUAAUUGACUCACUCAAUUUGAAGUUUUACUCCGUGUCAUCUGUCACUCAUGCUUAUAGUGCUAAUUACUAUUGUUUACUAUUCUUAUUUAUAUCAUUUGUUCAUUAUUAUCAUCAGUCAAGAAUUAGGCUUCGGAUUGUUCGGGUGUAGUUUUUGGAUUUCCAGAAUUCACCCUACCGACCUAAAGUUCAAAUAAAGUGCUUUUUAACAUC